AUGGGAACAGUAGAAAGUAAUAUAAUGUCCAUACUGUCCCUCGAGUCGCUCUGCUUAAGAGAUGAUGAUUAUCAAUCCUCUACGGAAAGCACAGGUUUGGAUGAUGAAUUUGACACAGACUUGGAGGUUGAUGAAAUGGAGAGAAAUGUUCAGUUCCCAUUUACUGCUGAGGUGUACCUACAGGCCUGCAAACUAGUGGGUGUAGUGCCUGUCUCUUACUUUAUACGAAGCCAAGGCACUUCCACCAUGUGUCUCAACCACCACGGGCUAGGACCUUUAGGGGGCAAGGCGCUUGCAAUUGCUCUGGUGAGUGACAUGUACAUAAAUACACUGGAACUGGCAGACAAUCACCUUUUAGCUGAGGGAGCCAAAUACUUUGUGGAGAUGUUGAAGGCUAAUUUCACCAUCCAGAAUCUGGAUUUGUCCAACAACCACCUGCAGUCCCCAGGUGCUGAAUGUAUUGCUAAAAUGCUGUUGGAAAACAGUUCAAUAAAAUCAAUCAAACUUUCAGGAAAUGGAUUUACUGAGGAUGACGCCAAAUUCUUUGCGGAUGCUUUGGCGAGCAAUUACAGAGUAAAGGAACUGGACCUGAGUCAUAACCUCUUCUGUGGACGAGGAGGCGAACAUUUGGGACAGCUGUUGGCAAACAAUGAGGGUCUGGAAGUUCUUGACCUGAGCUGGAAUCAUCUUAGAAUGAAAGGGGCUGUAGCCUUUUGUGCUGGUCUUAAGGUGAAUGUGUCCUUGAAACACCUGGAUUUGUCAUGGAAUGGUUUUGGGAAUGAGGGAGCCCUGGCUCUGGGCGAGGCCCUGAAGUACAACAACACUCUGGUUCACAUGGACCUCAGCAACAACCGCAUUACCAACGAGGGUGUGGGCAUGCUGUGUAAGGGUCUGGAGGUCAAUGACACGCUUCGAGUCCUGUUGCUGGCGUACAAUUCACUAACAGUAGAGGGAGCGCUGGCCCUGGUUAAUGUGGUGAAGAACACAUCCAGAACCGCUUUGGAGGAGAUUAACAUAUGUAACGUGCUGGUGAAUGAGAAUUUUGUGCAGCUGCUUGACUUGACGUGUCUGGAGCACCCUAGUCUGGAAGUGCAGUAUGGAGGGGUGGGGGGCUUCAUCGCUAAGAAGCCUCCUAAACGCCUCGACCCAAUGAAAGUCAUCCAGGAUUAUCUGGAUCAGCGCAAGCUACGCCUAUGGGAUUUCUUCCGGAACAUUGACAAAGACGGUACCAUGCGAGUCCCUGUCGCUGACUUCAGGAAAGCAGUCCAGCAAUCCAGCAUUCCCUUGGUUCGCUACCAGAUCGAAGAGCUAAUUGAGAGACUCGAUCGUGAAAGGACUGGAAUGGUAGACUACAGGGGACUGGCAGACACCAGGAAACAGAUGAUGAGGGAUCACCGCCGUCAGCUGCGUAAGGUGGAAUCACGUCAGAAAAAGGAGAAGCAGAAGAGCGAGCGAAUCCUGAAGACCUUCCAGAGCGCAGUGGAGGCCGUUACACCCCACAGCUCCUUAGUCAUAUCUCCAGGAGGUGCCAAAGAGGAUUCAAACGGCCCCUACCACUUCUCCGCUACCCCUCUUAGUUCCUGGCACCACAUUGUCAUGUCCAACAGUAGCCGCUACUCCAUUACCAACCUGGGCAACGAGCAUGUCCACCUGCCCAUGCUAAGAAGCGCCACCCAUCGCCGACCCCCCAGUUCCCCGGCAAUGCGCUCUUACUCCCAGCCCAACCUGCUGGAUGGCUCCCCCUGCUAUUCCCCAGUCAAGCCCAACUCCGCUCGGGGUAUGCACUCUGAUCCAGCAAUGGAUCAUAGCAAGCUAAGCCCCACUGCUAACCACCUGACCAGGUCCAGGCCUGCUCUCAACGCCAAGCAGCCAGUGGCAAAAACCAAAACCAACAAAGUCAAGAAGAAGAAAACUAAGAAACAGCUGAAAAAAAACUUAAAGAAUCCUAAACAGGGCGUCCGGGUAGCAUAG